CGCUGCCUGCGCGCGCACAGGCGGGGGCCGCGCGCAGCACGCUACGGGCCGGAUGGCGGCGGCCGCUGCGGGAAGCGGGACGCCCCGCGAAGAGGAGGGGUCCAGUGGGGAGGCAGCGGCCCCGCAGCCGCAAGCUCCGACGAGUGCGCCCGGGGCCCGUCUCUCGAGGCUGCCUCUGGCGCGAGUGAAGGCCUUGGUUAAGGCGGACCCUGAUGUGACGCUCGCGGGACAGGAAGCCAUCUUCAUUCUGGCACGAGCCGCGGAACUGUUUGUGGAGACUAUUGCAAAAGAUGCCUACUGCUGCGCUCAACAAGGAAAGCGGAAAACCCUCCAGCGGAGAGAUUUGGAUAAUGCGAUAGAAGCUGUGGAUGAAUUUGCUUUUCUGGAAGGUACUUUGGACUGAUUACUGAGCUGGACACUUUGUGAGCCUUCACCUGCAUCCUUCAGCGAGCCCUCUGCAGGCCUCAGCUUUGAAGAACAGAGUCCUUGGAAAGUGGCACUCUAUAGUUUCCUGUUCUAACUUUACCUAAGCCAGAAUAACCUGCUUGUUUUUCUCUACAAGGUCUUCCAUGGCUGUCUUCCAUUUCUGUCUGGAUCAACUGCUGCUGCUUGAGGCAGAGACAAAAUGAUUUGUGUUGGUUGCUUAAUGAAUGACAGGGACCAGAAUAAAGGUCUCUGAUCAACUUGAA